GAAGACUUCUGCCUAACGGCCACAAAUAUACCAUCAUCAUGGUCGUCAACAUCCCAUUGCUUUCACUGACAAUUUACAGCAACAGGGUGAGCUUUUGUUUUCCUGCCUAAACAACCCAAGGUCUUUACAAAUAGUGAAUUUAAUCUACUGUAUCUGGUGUAUGCACAUUUGUCAUUUUGCGCCCCCAAAAGAGGCUUGUAUUAGAUAAAUAUAAGGCUUUGCUACCACCUAGUGGUCAUGAUCAGUUAUAAGACAAAAGCAACAAAAAAAUCUGUCUGUCUCGCGCGCCGUCCAACGGUUGUAUUGGUUGGUUUGACAAGCUCUAAUAACUUGGAUGAGCAACCUAGUUAGCUACAUGAACUGUUCAUUGUUUAAAGAGUAAUUACAACGAAUUAAGUCCAUACAAUACAUAUCUGCUGAUACUAUAGAAAGGUGGCUAGCUAAUUUAGUUUGUUCACCACUUCAAUAUGCAGAGGGAACGUAGCUAAGUGCUGCAAUUAUCUAGCUACCUGAACUUGAUGUGCUACUGUAGCUAGCUAGCUAACGUUAGCAGAGUAGCUAGAUAGCCCGGUAGCUUUUAUAUUUUACCCAUUCUGCGUGUUUAUCUAUCAUAAUACACACCACCCGCUCUUUGUCACAGCUAUGGAGAGAACCCCAGCUACGGAUCUCAGCCUAAAACCCAUCGUGAUCGCAGGCCCUGUGAUCCGGGACAAGAAGUUUUUGCAAUGGCUGGGCAAGGUCCUAGAGCUCAGCUGGCUGCGUAACAAGGACAUAGAGGAAAGGCCAUAGAUUUUAGCUAGCUAGCUAACUGCCCAAACAUGAGUUUACCUAUCAUUUGGAUAGACCCAUUUGCCCAUGUCUCAUUGAUGUUACACCUGACUUGAACACCUAUUCCAUGAUGAUAAACACCUGGUUCAACUCUUUGUGUUUCCUUCAGGAGCGAAAGGGACUGUUGGGAGAGUUGCUGCCCUCCUUCGCUAAUGGAGCUGUCGAGAGCAACGACUUCCUCUCGCUCCAGGAGAUCCUAGAAAAUGUGGGCAGUAGUGUGUGUGUGUUUUUAUUUCGGUACAUUUUCUUCUCUCACACACACUUGUCUUGCAUACACUCCAUCUCCUUCUCUCCCUCCUUCUCAGAUGGAUGUGAACUGUGGGGACUAUGACGGCACCAAGCCCCUGCUGAAGGCCUGUGAGAUCGGUAACCUGGACAUGGUCAAGUACCUGCUGGCCAAAGGAGCCUCCCAGCAUUUGAAAGACCGCUUCGGAAACACACCCCUGCGCCUGGCCAUCAUCAACAGGUAGCCCACUAACCCUACUCUACUUUGUCAAAGCGUCAUUGUAAGUAGCCUGCCUGGAAUAUGUCUAGAAGUGGACUAAUAUAACAACAUUGAAAGCACACACAUUAAAGCCAAAUAAUGGUGGCUGACAUUUGCAUCUCAGGCAUUAUGAUGUAAUAAAGUUCCUGAGGAUGAGAGAGGCGUCGCUGGCUAUGCCUGCAGUGAGGAUCGGAGUGGAGCUGCUGCAGUGAGUAACUCCUCCUUAUUCAUUAACAUGAAUCAUUUUGAGUCCUGCUUUCAUUAUAAAAAAAUAAAAUGCCACUCUUGUUAUAGAAAUAUUGACCCAUGUCUCUCUCUCUCCCUCCCCUCCUCCCUUUCCCACCAUCUCCCUCCCUCUCUCUCCCACCCCGCCCUCCCUCUCCCUCUCCCUCUCCCACCCCCUGCCUCCUCUCUCCCCCACCCCCUCCCUCUGUCUCAGGGUGGUGGCAAAGAAGGACUACCAGCUGCUACAUGCCUGGGCUCUGUCUGGAGUGGACAUGGACUCUAAGGACUACAACGGACGCACGGCCAUGCACCUGGCUGUCAAGAUGAGGGACACAGUCAUGGUCCAAAGGCUGCUGCAGUAUGGGGCAACCCCGCUGGUAAGAACCAGGGUCAUAUUAGUUUGUGAAAAACAUAGCAAAACUGAGCAACUGAAAACGAAAACAAACAUUUCUUAUUGGACAAGUUCAUGUAGUCCCUCCCAGUUCCUCAAAGUUUCGUCCCGUUUGCUUCCAUUUUGGGCCUAGUGAAUACAGCCCUGAUGUAUUCAAAUGGGGUAGACAGAAGGAGUGGUGUGAGGUAUAAGAAGCCCUGGGGGGCAGAAUGGGGCCACCCUCUGGUAAGAACCAGGCACUAAACGGAAGCAAACAGGCCAAAACGGGGAGGUACUAUCUGAACUUGUCCAAUAAGAAACACUUGUUUACGUUUUCCAUUGCACAAUGUUUUGAAACAUUUUGCUACAGUGCGACCCUGCUCAUCUCAGGGUGGGGUAGGAGAGGUAGAAGAGGUAGUAAUUGAAUCUUCACCAAAGCACUGUAGCAACUGGACUGUUAUGCAUCCUACAUGUUUUUACUCUACAUUUAGGGUUUCAGCAGCAUCCUCAACAUACCACCACUAAAUCUGACAAUUGAAAUGAAUGUCCUUUUUUCCAAAUUCACCUACCAGCUCGAUCCACUCCUCCACCUUACCUCACCUCUCUUCUCGUGUCCUUCUCUCUCUUCUCCUCUCUUUCCUCUCCUCCCCUCCCACCCAGGAGAUAGAUAUCUGGGGCCAGACUCCGGUGGACGAGGCCCGUAAAGGCAACAUGUUGAGAAUCAUGCUGGCGUUCCACCCCCUCUUCACCGAGCAGCUCACCACCAAGCUGGCCUACCUGACCUGCAAGGCCCAAGCCCAGAGGAACAAGUAAAGGAAGAAGCCCCUGAUUUGUGUUCCAAAUGGCACCCUAUUCCCUACAUAGUGCACUACUUUUGACCAGGGCCAUAGGGAAUAAAAUAAACUACUUUUGACCAGGGCCCAUGAUAACGCUUGAAUAAAUAAACUUUGAUUUGACUUAUUUUGUUCAUACAGUUAUUUUAGUUAUUUUGUGUGUCAUAUAUAGUCCUGCAAUAGCCUAUUACUAAUACAUAUUUUGAAGUGGUCGAACAAAUAGACAACAACAGAAGAUGAGGGUAUGAAAAUAAAGGUUGGUAUAAAAUAAAAUACAUUUGGGGCCGUCAACUGCCAAAUGUUGUCGAACGUUGCAGAUAUAAAUGCCAUGAAUAGAACUGAUGUGAAUCCUUAUUCUGCAUGUCAGGGGCAUGUUUGUUCUACGUGGCCUAUUUCUAUCUGAACGUUCCAAAACGUUGCGUCCUGCUGAACGUGCCCCAGGAUAAGCUAUUUCAUGUCGACUUCUUGACAAUAGGUGGCGCGCGUACUCUACUUCCCUUUUUCUACCCCGUGGGCAGGUUUUACGGCGUCUACGUUUCAGGAAUCCAUCCAGUCUAAGCAAACCCUCAUUUAAAUUGCAAAUAGAAGGCUAGGGCAAGGUAACUUGAUUUUAGCCUGAUGGAAGAAAAUAAACAGUGGUGUGAAGAAGAUAAUGUAGGAAUAAUUGUGGAUCAAUAUAUUAGUAAUCAGUUUUAUUCUUGUCUUGCAGUGUAUACAUAUGGUUCAGAGGAUCCGAUGAAUGGGAAGACAUGAGCAUGUGUUUAAUUUCUAAAAUCGAUGUUAAUCUAUGCAAGAGUCUAACAAAUGAUUUGUCUGUAUAUUCAACAAAAAACGUUGCGAUAAUAGUUGGAUUGUAAUGGAUAGAGGAGAUACAACCAAGAAGAGUAUAAUAUGUUCGGACUCUGCAUCAGUGUUGUGUAGUUUAAGAUCUGGAAAGAACGUGAGGAUUAAUGGUUAGAAAUAAUGAUGCAGUUGUUGGGGUUACAAAGAAAUAGUAUUGAAAUGCAGUUCUGUUGGAUUCUGGCUCAUACAGGUGUUUAUGAAAGUGAAAUAGUAGAUAUAAUAGCAAAAAGAGCAGUGAAAAAUAAUAUUGUGGAUAUACAGGUGCAUUUGGGUAGAGGAGAAAUUAAAACAUUGAUUCGGAAAAAUGGGUUAGAUUGCUGGCAGAGGCAAUGGGAUGAAAGUAGGAAGGGCAUACAUUUUUAUGGUACAAGGAAAUCUGUACGGGAGAUAGUGUCAUAUAAUGGGAACAGAAGGGAGGAGAUUAUGUUGUGUAGGAUGAGAUUUGGGCAUACGGGAUUGAAUUCAUUUUUGAUAUUGAUAGCUACAUAUCUAUCUGUUCUUUCUGCCAAUGAAUUUUCAGUCCACGGAAGACUUCUGCCUAACGGCCAAAAAUAUACCAUCAUCAUGGUCGUCAACAUCCCAUUGCUUUCACUGACAAUUUACAGCAACAGGGUGAGCUUUUGUUUUCCUGCCUAAACAACUCAAGGUCUUUACAAAUAGUGAAUUUAAUCUACUGUAUCUGGUGUAUGCACAUUUGUCAUUUUGCGCCCCCAAAAGAGGCUUGUAUUAGAUUAAUAUAAGGCUUUGCUACCACCUAGUGGACAUGAUCAGUUAUAAGACAAAAGCAACAAAAAAAAUCUGUCUGUCUCGCGCGCCGUCCAACCGUUGUAUUGGUUGGGUUGACAAGCUCUAAUAACUUGGAUGAGCAACCUAGUUAGCUACAUGAACUGUUCAUUGUUUAAAGAGUAAUUACAACGAAUUAAGUCCAUACAACACAUAUCUGCUGAUACUAUAGAAAGGUGGCUAGCUAAUUUAGUUUGUUCACCACUUCAAUAUGCAGAGGGAAUGUAGCUAAGUGCUGCAAUUAUCUAGCUACCUGAACUUGAUGUGCUACUGUAGCUAGCUAGCUAACGUUAGCAGAGUAGCUAGAUAGCCCGGUAGCUUUUAUAUUUUACCCAUUCUGCGUGUUUAUCUAUCAUAAUACACACCACCUGCUCUUUGUCACAGCUAUGGAGAGAACCCCAGCUACGGAUCUCAGCCUAAAACCCAUCGUCAUCGCAGGCCCUGUGAUCCGGGACAAGAAGUUUUUGCAAUGGCUGGGCAAGGUCCUAGAGCUCAGCUGGCUGCGUAACAAGGACAUAGAGGAAAGGCCAUAGAUUUGAGCUAGCUAGCUAACUGCCCAAACAUGAGUUUACCUAUCAUUUGGAUAUACCCAUUUGCCCAUGUCUCAUUGAUGUUAUACCUGACUUGAACACCUAUUCCAUGAUGAUAAACACCUGGUUCAACUCUUUGUGUUUCCUUCAGGAGCGAAAGGGACUGUUGGGAGAGUUGCUGCCCUCCUUCGCUAAUGGAGCUGUCGAGAGCAACGACUUCCUCUCGCUCCAGGAGAUCCUAGAAAAUGUGGGCAGUAGUGUGUGUGUGUUUUUAUUUCGGUACAUUUUCUUCUCUCACACACACUUGUCUUGCAUACACUCCAUCUCCUUCUCUCCCUCCUUCUCAGAUGGAUGUGAACUGUGGGGACUAUGACGGCACCAAGCCCCUGCUGAAGGCCUGUGAGAUCGGUAACCUGGACAUGGUCAAGUACCUGCUGGCCAAAGGAGCCUCCCAGCAUUUGAAAGACCGCUUCGGAAACACACCCCUGCGCCUGGCCAUCAUCAACAGGUAGCCCACUAACCCUACUCUACUUUGUCAAAGCGUCAUUGUAAGUAGCCUGCCUGGAAUAUGUCUAGAAGUGGACUAAUAUAACAACAUUGAAAGUACACACAUUAAAGCCAAAUAAUGGUGGCUGACAUUUGCAUCUCAGGCAUUAUGAGGUAAUAAAGUUCCUGAGGAUGAGAGAGGCGUCGCUGGCUAUGCCUGCAGUGAGGAUCGGAGUGGAGCUGCUGCAGUGAGUAACUCCUCCUUAUUCAUUAACAUGAAUCAUUUUGAGUCCUGCUUUCAUUAUAAAAAAAUAAAAUGCCACUCUUGUUAUAGAAAUAUUGAUCCAUGUCUCUCUCUCUCCCUCCCCUCCUCCCUUUCCCACCAUCUCCCUCCCUCUCUCUCCCACCCCGCCCUCCCUCUCUCUUUCCUCUCCUCCCCUCCCACCCAGGAGAUAGAUAUCUGGGGCCAGACUCCGGUGGACGAGGCCCGUAA